AUGACGGAAAUUGUUGUUCUAAGCGAUUCGAAUGAAUCCGUUUUGUCUCUUGAAAAUGAUGGACUUAAGAAUGUUGAUGAGGGAAGUAGAAAGAAGUCUUUCCACCGAUCUUCUUUUGAUUUGGAUACAAGUGAAUUCGAAUUUCCCGAAGUACAAUUCUAUCAUGCUAGUGAUACAGAAAAAUUACUUGAAUUACAAAACAACAGUAUUAGAGCCAGUUUAUCUACUUUUCCUCCUGGUAAGUCACCAAAAGUCCAUUCAUCUGCAGUUAGCACGAAUACAAAUUCAAAGAAGUAUAAUGUUAAAAAGUCUUCAAACAGAAUGGCUAAUUCAUCUGAUUCCACAAAAGAAUCAGACGAAGAGAGAACAAUGAGAGAAAAACCAAAAGUUACAAAAACUGUGACAAAGAAAGCUAGGAAUCAAAUAACAGAGGAAAGGUUGAAAAGACAGAAGCAGUUAGGAAGAGAAAAGGCACUAAAAGCAAUUGCAUCAAAGAAAUCAAAGAAUAUUAAACCUGGCGAAUGUUUGAAAUUCAUGGAAGUUGUUCUUGACAAAAAUAUUGAAAGUUUUGGCUGUAUUAAUGAAAUCGUAAGCAUACUGCUUGAUGCUAAUGUACAAUAUAGUAUUAAAAAAGAAUUAAUUCCAAAUAGCAUUACAUGGAAAAGAAAUGUUGAAAAUGGCUAUGUAGAUUCAGACAAUGAAAUAUGUACUGUAACUGAUAUUGAAAAUGUCAACCAAAUAGUGAUUAUUUGGAACUGGGAUAAAGUGGUAACAGAAGUGGCAGAUGGCAGUUUUUGCACAACUAUUUUCAGUAUCAAAGCUUCAUUGCCAAAUUACAGUAUACUGUUAGUAAUUUUUGGUAUAGAGAAUUAUUUUAUCUACAGUAAGCAAGUAAAGAAUCCAGGUAAAAAUGGGACAAAGAAUAAACACAAAAAAGCUGGUAAUGCAAGCAAUCAUGAAUUUAAAAAUUAUCCACAAAUUUCAAAGGAACAGCUUGAAAUGUGCCUCGAUGAAAUACAAAUUAUUGCCAAGUGUAGCAGCAGAUUAAUAAACAAUUCUCAGGAAUUAGCACAAAUGAUACAUCAAUGUACUAAAGCUAUAGCAGAAAUACCAUUUAAAAUGGAAAAGAAUGAGAAUUUAACAAGUAAAUUUGACUGGUAUGUAAUGGGAGAUAAUAGAAACACAGUAUCUGUAGAUAAAAAUGGGAAUGGAUUGAAGAGACUAUGGCAACAACAGCUGUGUCAAUUUAAUUUAAGUAGUCUUGAGAUUGCAGAAGCGAUAAGUUCUGUAUACAAAUGCCCUGCAGAUUUAAUGGAAGCAUACAAGAAUUGCACUCAAAUUGAAGGACAGAAUUUAUUGAAAGAUAUUCCAAUUAGGAGAGCAGCUGGACCUCUUACUGCAACGCGUAAAGUCGGCCCCGAAUUAAGCAAAAAGAUGUAUAUAAUGUUCUCAUCCAAAGAUGGUGAAAUUAUAUUAAGUUAAUUAUAUUUAUGUAAUA